UUUUUUUUUUCUGUUCGAGUCGGUUGUCCGAAAUUCGUUUCAUCGUCUUCGUUUUCCGAUUCGCGCUGUGAAAUUCUCCAUCCCCGCCAUGUCAAGGGCCGAGAUGGACCAGCUGACCUCCGGUGCGAGCAAUCGGAUAAUUCCGAUUCUCAAAACCCUGAAAACUUUCAUCAUUUUCAUUCAUACCAUCCUCUUCUCUCUGCUUCUCCUCCUCUGGCCUCGCCGCCGCCGUUCACCGGCUUCGUCAACGCCUACGGUCCAAACCUCCGUUAAGAAGAGGCGAUUGGUGUGGCGGAGAGAGGACGAUGAUACACAGAGACGGAGGGCGUUGGCCGAGGGCGUCGAAAUGGGCGUAAACCUUGGCGACGGAGGGUUUCGCGGCCGUUGGAAUACCUCUUUGUUCUAUGGCGUUAAAAGAAACGCGUUGUUUUGUCGCUCCUGGUUUCCGGAAUCCGGAGAAUUGAAGGGUAUUUUAAUCAUCAUUCAUGGGCUUAACGAGCACAGUGGAAGAUAUGCACAUUUUGCGACCCAGCUAACUUCUUGCAACUUUGGCGUUUAUGCAAUAGAUUGGAUAGGCCAUGGUGGAAGUGAUGGAUUACAUGGAUUUGUCCCCUCUCUUGAUCAUGUUGUUGCUGAUACGGGGGCUUUCUUAGAGAAGAUUAAAUCUGAGAACCCUGAAACACCAUGCUUCCUCUUUGGACACUCCACAGGAGGGGCCGUUGUUUUGAAGGCUGCAUCCAACCCUCCAGUAGCAGAAAUGGUGAAGGGAAUUAUACUGACGUCACCAGCUCUGCGUGUGAAGCCCGCACAUCCGAUCGUUGGGGCUCUAGCUCCAAUCUUUUCCAUGGUGAUCCCAAAGUUUCAGUUCAAAGGUGCAAACAAGAGAGGCAUUCCAGUUUCAAGGGACCCUGCAGCACUGUUGGCGAAAUACUCCGAUCCCUUAGUCUACACAGGACCGAUCAGAGUCCGAACAGGCCACGAGAUCUUGCGUAUUUCAUCAUACCUGAUGCGAAACUUCAAGUCAAUCACCGUCCCGUUCUUCGUCCUCCACGGGACAGCAGACAAAGUCACUGAUCCAUUAGCGUCCCAGGAUCUGUACAACGAGGCAGCAUCCGAGUUCAAAGACAUUAGGCUGUAUGAAGGGUUCUUGCAUGACUUACUGUUCGAGCCAGAGCGAGAGGAGAUUGGUCAGGAUAUUAUCAAUUGGUUGGAAAAAAGAUUGAAAUCUGAGCUUUAGUUUAUUUGUGUUUGUUCCUAGUGAUUUAAGGGAAUGCCUCAAAUUUGUAUAUCUAAUUCAUCAACUUUAAUUUUUAUGGUAAUUAGUCUUUUUUUU